AUGGGAGGCCUAAAGAGACAUAUGAAAAUUCAUAACAAUAACCAGAAAGCAGCAGUAGCACAUGCCAUAGGUCUUUUCAACUGUAACAUUUAUGGUAAACAAUGCCAGUCCCUGGUUGGCUUAAAGAGUCAUAUAAAAAUUUUGUGGCCAUCAUCUAUCUAUCUAUCUAUCUAUCUAUCUAUCUAUGUUUUCACUAUCUAUCUAUCUAUCUAUCUAUCUAUCUCAGUCUGUUCAUAUCUAUCUAUCUAUCUAUCUAUCUAUCUAUCUAUCUAUCUAUCUAUCUCAGUCUUUUCAUAUCUAUCUAUAUAUCUCAAUCUGUUCAUAUCUAUCUAUCUAUAUAUCUAUCUAUCUCAGUCUCUUCAUAUCUAUCUAUCUCAGUUUGUUCAUAUCUAUCUAUCUAUCUCAGUCUUUUCAUAUCUAUCUAUCUAUCUAUCUGAGUCUGUUCAUAUCUAUCUAUCUAUCUAUCUAUCUAUCUAUCUAUCUCAGUCUGUUCUAUCUAUCUAUCUAUCUAUCUAA